ACUUCAGAUCAAAUUAGUUUUGACUUUUUGGUUACAUUAUAUCGCAAUAAUAAUAAUAAUAAUAAUAAUAAUUAUUAAUAAUCUAACACAGUAUGAAAUCAAUUCUAACCUGAAAAAAUGUUUGUGGAUUGUCUGAAAAAGUGUCGAGUUCCUAAUUAUAAAACCCCUUUUGAAAACCUUACAGUCAUCAGCUAUAUAGGUGCUGUACUUGUCGUUUACAUUGGCGGAUUGAGUGGGGCUAAGAAGGUCUUUCGUGAAUUGUUGGGUCAUGUAUUGGGCGCCCCUCAGUCAUUUUUCGAUAUACAGCCACGGGGUCGCAUACUUGACCGUCUGUCCAACGAUGUCUACAAAUUGGAUUCGGUAUUGCCCGAUUUAAUUCGUGUCUUUAGUUCGCAAGCGUUUCGGGUAUUGCUAGUUUGUUUUCGGAUUUGCUCAUUCGUCUUGGAGCUUUGAAAGCUGCUGUGUCG